AUGACUACCCUCCAUCUCAAUCCUCCUUACAUGCCUGACUUCAUUCCCAAUGUCAGUACAAACAUGAAGUCUAGCUCUACAGCUCGCGUUCUUCGCAUUACACACUCUCAAUCUAGACCGAAUCCACCAAGGACCCCACCCAAACCACCGGUUACCUCUACCCCGAUACCCCUCGAAGUUGUGGAGCUCCUAGAAGCUAUCCUCUUGCGUCUUCCACUACAAGUCCUCCUUACUACUGCGCAGCGCGUUUGCAAGCGUUGGCACGCAGUCAUUUGCUCAUCUCGACGAAUCCAGCGUGCACUCUAUCUUCUUCCAAACGAAAAUCAGGACGUUCCGGGAACCAGACGCGCCUAUAUCCCCAACCCCUUGAUUGCUCGUGCCUUCUUUGCAUACCUUCGAUUCGAUGUCUGGACUGAGCAUACAAGAGCUGGAACUGAGGAUCAUGUCGAUGUUGCGCUGAAAAUGACUUCUUUAGAGUAUCCAGCAUCGAUCAGAUACGGUGCGGCUUCGUGGAGAAAGAUGCUCGUCACCCAGCCGCUGAUCAAAGAGGUGGUUGUUACCGAUACCCGCGUGGCGCCAUACUACGAUGACUUCUUUGUUGAUGAGGCACACAAUACUGCGGGAGUCAAAAUGGGAGAUUUGCUGGUGCUGGAUGAUAAGUGA